GUGGCUCGGCGGCGACACCAUGUGACCUUGGACAAGUGACUCAGCCUUUCCAAGCCUCGGACCACUCCUCUGUGAAGUUGAUUGUAGAGUAACUACCUAGCAUGUGGCUGUGGGCUCCGAGGACACCAUGUAUCAUACUUCCAACUCUACAUACAGACUAGCAAGUGGCUCGAUCCAAGCCAGCCAGGACACUCUGCCAGAGAAGCUGCUGGACCACCAUACCCCCGGCCUGCCCAGGCCUGAGGACAAAUUCAAUGGCACCUACUUGAUCUUCUUCAGCCUGGGCAUUGGAAGCCUUCUGCCAUGGAACUUCUUUAUCACUGCCAAGGAAUACUGGGCAUUCAAGUUCCGCAACUCUUCCAGCCUGACCUCAGGGAAGGACCCUGAGGACUCAGACAUCCUGAACUAUUUUGAGAGCUACCUGGCCAUCGCCUGCACCGUGCCCUCCCUGCUGUGCCUCAUGGCCAACUUCCUGCUUGUUAACAGGGCUCCAGUCCAUGUCCGUGUCCUGACCUCGCUGACCAUUAUGCUGGCUGUCUUCAUGGUGAUGAUUGCAUUAGUAAAGGUGGACACUUCCUCCUGGACCCGAGGCUUCUUCACUGUCACCAUUGUCAGCGUGGUCAUCGUCAGCAGCUCUUCCACCAUCUUCAGCAGCAGCAUCUUUGGUCUGACAGGCUUUUUCCCCAUGAGGAAUUCCCAGGCAAUGAUAUCAGGAGGAGCCAUGGGAGGGGCCCUUAGCGCCGUGGCCUUGAUGGUGGACCUGGCAGUGUCCAGAGAUGUGCAGGAGAGUGCCGUGGCCUUCUUCCUCAUUGCAGCCAUCUUCCUCGGGCUCUGCAUGGGGCUCUACCUGCUGUUACCCCGGCUGGAGUAUGCCAGGUACUACAUGAGGCCAGCGCAUCCAGUCCACAUUUAUUCUGGUGAGGAGGAGCUACCACAGGAUUCCCCCAGUUCCCCCUUGCUUCUCCCCAGAUCCCAAGAGUCCCACACACCGCCCCUGCGGCCCAUCCUGAAGAAGACUGCUGGCCUGGGCUUCUGCAUCAUCUAUACCUUCUUCAUCAGCAGUCUCAUCUUCCCUGCCAUCUCCACCAAUAUUGAGUCCCUGCACAAGGCUUCCGGCUCACCAUGGACCACCAAGUUCUUCGUGCCCCUCACCGUCUUCCUCCUGUACAACUUUGCUGACCUUUGUGGCCGGCAGAUCACUGCCUGGAUCCAGGUGCCAGGCCCCAAGAGCAAAGUGCUCCCGGGGCUGGUUUUCCUGCGCACCUGCCUCGUCCCCCUCUUUAUGCUAUGCAACUAUCAGCCCCGCACCCACCUGACCACCAUGCUCUUCCAGUCUGAUGUCUACCCCAUGCUCUUCACCUGCCUCCUGGGGCUCAGCCACGGCUACCUCAGCACUCUUGCUCUCAUCUAUGGGCCCAAGAUUGUGCCCCGGGAGCUAGCUGAAGCCACUGGGGUGGUGAUGUCCUUCUACCCCAUAGCAGGCCUGGCUCUAGGCACCUCCUGCUCAGCUGUGCUGGAGCACCUCAUCUAGGAGGAGCAGCCAGAGCAUCGGUGCUGCACAUAGCUUUGGGCUGCUGGUGGCCCAAAGCUGGUGGCCAGGGUCUUGAAUGGCAGGGAAAAAGGGGCUCAUGUUUCUCUUGAUGUAGAGAACAGAGCCCAUCGGGGUUUCCUUGGUUCUAGGGCCCUGGGGAACAAUGCCCUUGCCAGUUCUGUGCAAGGAGAGACAUUUCAGAUACCUGCACACACUACUGGAGCAUUUGAAGAGGGCUGUAAAGCGAAGUGUUGCCCUCAGAGCUAAUGAAUGGCAUCUAUUGGUUUGUGAAGGCCAGAACCUGGUGGUAGCGCUCUGUACUCUCCAGCCUUGCCUCUUCCAGGCCACAGCAAGAUGAAAGGGAAUUGUCAUCCUUUUCUACUCUGAAGGAGUCCCCUGGAUUUGAGGUCCAGUCCAGUGGCCAGUCCCUCAGCCCCAGCACCCAAGUCUGCACUAAUCCCUGUGCUCUGUGGUUGAAAGUCCAGAAUGAAGGACCAGAGAGACAGGCUUCCUGAACUCUUGGCCUCAGCGUGGCUCCAGAGAUUUCCCUGGGCAAGGACUGAGCAAGGCAGACCUGAGUUUUCAGACGUGGAUUGUGGGCUUCAUGGUUGAUCUACACCUUUGGAUGGGGGGCAUGGUAGAUAAUGGGUAUUGAACAGGAACCCUGUUAAUGUUUGUCAGUCAGGACCUCAGCAGGAAGUAGCAUCUUAACAUUGGAUAACUUGGGGAUAUUUGGGAGUUUGCUGGUUUGCAAUAGGGUUGAGCCCAUGGCCUCAUGCAUGCUAGGCAAGCAUUCUACCAGUGAGUUAUAGGUCUAGUCCCUAAUUUGAGGAGAUUUUAAGAGAAGAUGUAGGAACCCCAAGGGUUAUACACACUACCCAAGAGCCCUAAUGCUCUUCCACCCUGCACCUACAGGGAAGAGUAGAGUGAGUCCUUUUAGAACCUAGAUCUUUAAACUUGCCUAGAUGAAGAGGGGCUAUAUCCAGCUGUGAUGCCCUCUGCCUUUUCUUCUUCUUCCUCCUCUUCCUUCUCCUCUCCCUCUUCCUCCUCCUCCUCCUCUUCCUCUUACACUUCUUCCUCUUUCUCAUCCUCUGGGCCUCUGGGGACAGACAACUCCCAGGCCUCAUCGCCCAGUUGCAAUGCCUGACCCCAGAAAUAACAGGUUCCUUUAGGUGCCUGGAAAGCUCUGGCAAGGCUGACCAUCACAGGGAGAGGGUGGCUUGGGGAUGGGCAAGAGCAGGGGAGAGGGAAACAAGCAGAGCAGUUUGGCCUGGGAAGUUUCAACCACCCCAAGAUCUGUGGGGAGCUAUGCUCUGCAGGAUGAUGUGCAGCCUCCCAGGGACUGAUUAGUGGGGAAGCAACGCUGGUAAUCCACCCUAUGGUAGUAGUUUACUCCCUGCUGUCCGCUUCAUACUCCUCCCUCUCCAAGGCUGGAGAAUUGAUACCCUUGAGAAGUUUUCUAAAUUCAGCACCUCCAAACCAAUCUCCCUCCAAACCAAUCUCCCCCUGCCCCAGGAGCUGCCACCACCCUGUGUGGCUCCCCCUUCCCCGGUGUAAUGCUGUGGGUGAUUUGGGGCAGGGGUCUGGCUGGUGACAUCCUGGCUGCAGUGGUAUAGAAAUAGCCAGCAUAGUUGAGAGGGAAUGGGGUCGUGGGGGUCCCACGUGCUCUGUUGAUGGGUAGCUUUCAAAAAAGAAAGGCAGUGUUUGCAUUAGAGAAAUGGCUUGAGGUCAGCUUGGAGUGAGGGGAAAGGAGGAGAGGGACCACCUGCCCUUCCUCCUGGGGGAGAAAAACCAGGGUGACUGGCAAGCAGGAACUGGUGGCAGCUGUCACUCACCUAAGUGGGUGUAUUUCAGGACUUGGUCUUGGGUAUGACUGGUACAGUCAUGCCCAGGAAAGGAGAAAGGGAAGUGAAAAUGUACAUCCAGGCUAUGGGUAGACAGGGUGGGCCUCAGGAUCCUUCUUCCCCUCCCCUACCUCAAACCUUUCACUGUGAGCAGCAACUCAGGUUUGAUUGUUCUGUGUCUUAAGUUUCUUGUGACCAGGUGAGCAGAGCUUGUUCCCAGGAUAUGGCCUCCAGCUCAAGUGAUCUGUGAAUCCAGCCCAGACACUUGAGAAGGUGGACAGCUUGCUGAAGGGAAGGGGAUUUUCCUGUGUGGGAGGUUGUGGAGUUCCCUUUGUCUUAAGUUUUCUGUUUUCAUCCCAAAUGUUACAUUUCAUAUAUCUCCAGACCAUGCACAUUCCACUUCCUUCUUUUAUUCAGUAAAGAAAGGCAGAGGUAAACCAAGAGCUGUGGCUCACACUUGUAAUUCCAGCUACUCCAAGCAAAAAGUUAUGGAACCCUGUCUCAAAAACAAACCAUUUGUAGUAGUCACAGCUGUAAUCCCAGCCACUCAGGAAGUGAAGCAGAAGGAUCUCAGUCUAAGUGCUUACCUGGGCAGAUGUGUAAGGCUUUUUUCUAAAAAGUAACCUAAAGGAAAAGGGUUGGGAGAUAUGGCUAAAAUGAAAGAGCAUCUGCCUAGCAAGCAUAUAGCCCUGAAUUUUUAAAACUAGUACCUUAAAACAAAAGUCCACAUUAGUGGGCUCUUCAGCUGGUGGAUGACAAGCUCUUCUAAGAGGAGACAUGAGCAGACUUGAAUAAAGGCCCCUCAUGCAGGCUGCCCAGGCCAGGGUACAUGGGACCAACCAAUCACUCAGAGUGUGGUAGGAGGAGCCUAGGGCUCUGCCCAGCUUUGGACUCAGUAAAGGAGGUUUCAUUCUCAGGAGAGGCUGGGGCUAGUCUUAGAGCCAAAAACCUCGACUCCAGGAGAGCUCGUCUACCCUGCUGCCCAAUUCCUGGUCCAGGAUUGCCCUGGAGAUCAGUGCUUUGCCUGUAUAAAUUCUGUACAUAAACCCAGGUUGGCUCAGAGAGCCUCAGAGGCACCCAUAGGCUCACCCUGUCUCCAUCAUGAACACAGGCACAGCACAGAAGCUGCAGGCUUUAGAGGCACUUGAAGCAGCAACACUUAUAAACACACACAAUAAGGUAGAGAGUUUGGCCAUGUAGGCAUCAGUGCUCUCCAGUCCUAGGCAGGAAGCCACAGUGGACCCCACCCCCCACCCCAUCCUGACACAGGAUAGCCACACCUCCUUUUUCUGUUAGACAAUACCUAGAGCUGAAGGCCCUCAGACCACUACCUCCAACCCCUGUAGCCAAGCUGAAGCUCAGUUCUGUAGGGGCCAAGAGAUUGGAAUGCCAAUCUCAGAAAAGUUCCCAGAAUGCUGGGACUGGAGCCCUGGAAAGAUCCAACAGUCUAGGCAAUACAGAGGGUCAAAUGACUACCCUAUGUGUUGAAAAUGAGAGUCCAUGUUAAUGUUGGAAUGUUCAUUGCUUCCCUCCAGCUUCCUAAGAUAAGGUCAAUUAUCACUUGUAUGCAAAUGGUGCCUCAUGUUGUAACCCUAGCCUUCCCACAUAUCUUUAUUCCCCUCCCUCUGUUCUAAACUCAAUAAAAACCCUUGUUAAUGAGG